AUUGUCUCUUUAAUCAAGAGGCGUAAAUGUAACUUUGUGUUUCUACAUGUUAACAAUUAGUUAAUUUCUUAUUCUAAAUUAUUUAUUUUAAUUAAAUUGUUUCUUCUAUUCUCUUUCAUCUGGACAAUUAACUAAUUGUAGAGAAAAUGGCGGAUAAAUCUAAGAAAAUGGAUCAUCAAGUUAUAGAUGUUGAACCAUCAAAUUCAUCAGAAAGAAAUGUGCCAUUUGGAGAGCCUAGUACAUCAUCUGGUUCUCAGCAAAAGGUUGUUCAAGUUCAACAACAAGUUCAACAGGUGACUGACAUUAUGCAAGAAAAUAUCACCAAGAUACUUGACCGUGGACAGAAACUGGACAAUUUAGAGGACAGAUCAGCAAUUUUAUCAUCUAAAUCGGAAGAUUUUCGGGUUUCUGGUCGGCGACUUGGACGAAAAAUGAGAUGGCAGAACAUGAGGAUAACCAUAAUUGUAGUUUUAAUUAUUAUCGCUCUCAUCAUAAUAAUUUACUUUGCUGUUAAGCAUUGAAUCAUAUUGACACCUUUUCAUCAUUGACAACUGACAAUUGAUUCUGUUUCCGUUUCAACCUGCUAUUAACUCCAAGAUAUUAUCAACACCACAAUUAACUAAUCAACGAUAUGUUAUUUGACUAAGUUUUUUAUUCUUACAACUCUCAUUGUAACAAUUAAAUCUUAACAUCAUCAAAUUUUUAUCCAUCUUGGUGUUGAGGUAAUUUAUCAUCGUUAUUUUCACUAUUUAAAAAUUGUUACCUUUCCAAUCAAUCGAAAUAUUUUUUUAUCUAACAAGCAAAUCAAACCUGUAACUAUCUUAUUCUCAUGUGCAAAUGAUAAACAAUUAAAUCAGUGUUUAAUUAUCGGAA